CACAAAUGUCUGCAGCCCGGCGAAUGUCACAGAGCCACUGACAUGUUCAAGUGAGCAGUGGGUUCAAAUCUUACAAGAGAUUUAUUCACCUAGAAGGGAGAGCACCAGCGCCUGUGAGCCCAGUCUCACUUCUUGCUCAACAGUCUUUUACGACACUGACUUGGUGGCCAACUGUAAUGGACCUAGACCCCCGGGGUCUGAGGGAUGCAGGGAAGAGACGAGUGCAACCCUGGCCAAACACAUCACCCCUUGUCUGCAGUCUGUGGCAGACAUCACCACCAGUGUACAGUACGCAUGCAUUGAAAGUAAGAAUCUAUUUCAAUGUCUUCAUCAUUUUGUUGACGUAAAGAUGGUGCAGGAGGGGGGGCCCUAUCAUGUUGACCACUACAGAGCAAAUCUAGGAGGGGCCCUAUUAUCUUGACCACUACAGAGCAAAUCUAGGAGGGGCCCUAUCAUCUUGACCACUACAGAGCAAAUCUAGGAGGGGCCCUAUUAUCUUGACCACUACAGAGCAAAUCUAGGAGGGGCCCUAUCAUCUUGACCACUACAGAGCAAAUCUAGGAGGGGCCCUAUUAUGUUGACCACUAAAGAUGGUGCAGGAGGGGGGGCCUAUUAUCUUGACCACUACAGAGCAAAUCUAGGAGGGGCCCUAUCAUCUUGACCACUACAGAGCAAAUCUAGGAGGGGCCCUAUUAUGUUGACCACUAAAGAUGGUGCAGGAGGGGGGGCCUAUUAUCUUGACCACUACAGAGCAAAUCUAGGAGGGGCCCUAUCAUCUUGACCACUACAGAGCAAAUCUAGGAGGGGCCCUAUUAUGUUGACCACUAAAGAUGGUGCAGGAGGGGGGGCCUAUUAUCUUGACCACUACAGAGCAAAUCUAGGAGGGGCCCUAUCAUCUUGACCACUACAGAGCAAAUCUAGGAGGGGCCCUAUUAUGUUGACCACUAAAGAUGGUGCAGGAGGGGGGGCCUAUUAUCUUGACCACUACAGAGCAAAUCUAGGAGGGGCCCUAUCAUCUUGACCACUACAGAGCAAAUCUAGGAGGGGCCCUAUUAUGUUGACCACUAAAGAUGGUGCAGGAGGGGGGGCCUAUUGUGUUGACCACUACAGAGCAAAUCUAGAUCUAUCCGUUUUGGACAGUAAAUUGGGUUAUUCCCUUCUCUUACAGAAUCCGCAGUUCUCGACUUGUGUGGAACCAGCUCAAUCAUCAAGUCACCUUUCCAAUCGGUCAAUGCUUAUUUGGCCAGUCCAAACUUUCCCAAAUCUACACCGACCGGUACACUGUGUAUGUGUACAAUACAGGUUAGAAACUAUUUAAUGUCAAAGUAGCCUACUGUGUACGUGUAGUUUAGAGGCCAGAUACAUGUUAACAUCAUUGAACCGGCAUUCAUUGGCUGGUAAAAUCUCAACAUCAUUGUACCGGCAUUCAUUGACUGGUACAAUCUCAACAUCAUUGUACCGGCAUUUAUUAACUGGCACAAUCUCAUCAUCAUUGUACCGGCAUUCAUUGACUGGUACAAUCUCAAAUGUCAUGGGAGCAUCAUGUUACAAAAACUUAAUUCACUUUAAAAGUUGUUCAUAACUAUACGUUAAUUAGCCCUAACAAAUGUGUCCUCCAAAGUAGGUCAUCUAUUAAAAUUUUUAAAUGUUCAACAUCUCAGAAUUUGUAUUUAUAAAUCACUCAUUUCUUUGGUGUCUCAAUACAAUAUGAUUUUAACUAAUGAAAUAAAAAAAAUUAUUAUGUUUCAUAUCCAAUCUUCUGUCAUAUGAGAAUAUCCAUUCUGCUAUCAUAUUUGCAUAUCGAUACAUCUAUUAUAUUACCAUAUCCAUGCUUAUGUCAUAUUUGCAUAUGUAUGCGUCUAUCAUAUUAGCAUACACAUGCUUAUUAACCACAAUUUUAUUGUUAUAAAUAAUCACACAUGAUAAACUAAUUUUCAAAUGAGUAAGGCGCAUAUCAAAAAUUGCAUUCUCUAAUGCAGGUCUGCAAAAUUCAAUAUGUAAGGCGGGCCAUAAUACUUUAUGAAAAACUUUUGCGGGCAGAAAGAAUUUAGGACAGCUAUUAAGAUGAUAAUAAAGAAUAUUUCAUUACUUGCGAAAUAAAUUGAAUGUGUAACAUUGCAUCGUUUUUCGGUAACAAGUUUGUCGGAGCCAUAUUGGAAGUGGUUGUUCUCAACAUGUCUUCCAAAUGAUCACCACUCAAACAUGGGCGUGGCUUGCAUUUAUCUAUGUUCAUUAUUGAAAAUGUCUGUUCACAUAGAUAAGUGUUUCGAAAUACAACAAAAGUUUUGAGUGCAACUUCGUCAAGAUUUGUGCACUUCUCACGGUCCAGAUUUUUAUAAAACUCCUGCAGGCUGCUCUCUCUCUCUCUCUCUCUCUCUCUCUGUACUUGGUAGUUUGAUAACCUCCAGCUGCAAUUGAACUCGUAUGUCCUCGGGAUUCAUAGAAAAUAGAUCUUCAAUUAGUUUAAACUGAAUUUCGUCUUCUUUAGAAAGAGUAAAUCUUUUAUCAAAUUCUUCUAUCACAAGAUUAAUUUCAUUAGCAACUCGACGUGUUAGUAUUGAGGAAUGUGUUGUGCACAAGUGGAGAAGUGACUCAUUUCCCCAUUUAUUAACUGGGUUUUGAAAAGUUUCAUUUUCAGUUUAAAAGCUUUUACUGCUGUAAACAUUUCAAUUACAAGUUGUUGCUUACCUUGAAGUCGGACGUUAAGGUCAUUUAGAUGUGGUGUAAGAUUACAAAAGAAGAAGAGGUCAUGAUUGCAGGACUCAUCUUCAAGCUCAGGGAAUUCCCCAGGGAAUUCCUUUGCUUCGUCUUCUAGGAAUUUAGAUAUUUCCCUCUUCAAAGCAACAAAUCGCUGAAACACUGUCCCUCGGCUUAACCAUCUCACUUCUGCAUGGUAGAGUACGUCUCUUAGGUCGGCGUCUAUAUCGUCAAGAAAAGCUUGAAAAACCCUAUGUUUGAGCUCUCUUGAUCUUAUAUAGUUGACUAUUUUGACGACAACCGAUAUAACAUGUUCUAAAUGUAACAUUUGGCUACACAAGGCCUGCACAUGUAUAAUGCCAUGGUCUUGUGCAACUUGCCUUCCGAUCACAUCUCCAAGAAGGGCAACUGUUCCUUCUUUUAUGCCGUCAUAUUCCUGGCACUAUCGGUACAAAUGGCCACUAAUUUUAUAACAUCUAAUCCCAACUUAUCUCUCAAGCUCUUUAUCACUUCAUUAAAGAUAUUUUUCCGGUUUGGCGACACUGUAAAUAAUUAUUUAUUUGUCCAUUAAGGAUUACAAAUUCUGUGCUUAGUAUCUAGUUUUCUCUAUCUGCUUUGAUUCAUGGCGCUUAAAUAUUCCAAGUACACGUCUAUAAGAGUAUUACCAAACUAAACGCACAGAAUAUCAAAAUAACACGAUACGUGAGAUCUACACAACACUACACAAUUCUACACAAUAUUACAAAAAUAGUAUAAGGCUCCUCUGCACAGAAUACACUAUUUUUUGAACACAUGCUACCGAGUAGGUUAUGUUGAUUGAGAAUACAUACGCGCGGGAAACUGUAGUCGAUUUCCCUCGCGAAAUAGUAAAUGCACACGUGCGUGCGUGUGUGCGUGCGUGCAUGUGAGUGUGUGUGUUUGUAAAUAUCGCUUUAGUAAAAUGUAGUUAAUAUUUACACAACGAUUAAUAUUUAAUAAUUUUGUUUGAUUUAAUUUUAGAACACAUUCAUUUCAAGUAAAUGUGGGGGAAAAUCCCCCAAAAUAAUAGCAUACAUUUAUUUAUUAUUUAAAAAUGAAAUAAAUAUUUAUAUUAUUUUCUGCAUACAUACCUUUCGUAAUAUUAUAAAUCAAUAAGCUAGGGAAUAUUAUUUUUAAUGUAUAAUAUGAAUUUUCAUCAAAGUCUUCGCGGGCCACAAAGCGAGUGUGCUGGCGGGCCGCAUGGGCUCCGGGGGCCGUAUCUUGUGCAGGCCUGCACUCUUAAUGAUAUAAAUUGUAAAAUUUCUUCUCACUUAAAAACGAACAAAUAAGAGUCCAUUAGGAUCAAGUGCAUCCCGCUCAAUAACAAGAGUUUCUUAACAUUGUGGUUUCUAUUUCUAUACUUACCGUAAAAUUAUCUUUCAGCACCUACUUUAUAAAUGCUAGUGCACCAAAAGUUCAUUUGUGUUUUGAAACUCUGUCAGGGUUCUAAAGUAAAGAUGACAGCCGUGGAUAUAAAUGUUCAGGCAAAACUACCGUGGGAGAGUGACCCAGCUAUGAACAUUGACCCGUACCGAUCUGUUUUCAGUGUCAGCAGUGAUGGUGAUGGGGUGUUGUGGCAAUCUAGCCAGUGUACAGGUAAAUCACGGGAACAANAAAAAAAAUUUAAGAUGUAUUAAAAUUUAUAACAUUUAAGUUUUUUUUGUUUUUUUUUUUUUAAUAAGCUUACAUUUGGCUUAAAUAUAAUUAUAAAUGAGCUGAUACAUGUGGGUCUAAAAAAAAAAGUGAGCUGAUACAUGUGGGUCUAAAAAAAAAAAGUAAUAUUUUUUUACAUGUAAAAUUUGCCAAGAAUUUGAUCAAUCAGGUAUCCGUUUAAUGAAUAUAUUUAUUUUAAAAAAUUGGAUCUGUAUUUUGGUAAAAACAAAUUGUCCAGAUUCCCUCCCUUUGACAUAUUUAAACUUUUUGUUGCAGAGACUUCCGAUUGUAGAAAUCUUCACAUUCUGAACACCAAUCUGUUUAUGCCUCCAUCAGAAGAUAGCAGCCAAGUCAGUGUUACAUACUCUGAUUUUGGCCUUUAUGGUCAGAAUGUUUGGGUUGAAGUGAUUGGUAAGUUGCCAGAAUGUUAGUGUGAUAGUGGUUGGUAAGUUGCCAGAAUGUUAGGGUGAUAGUGGUUGGUAAGUUGCCAGAAUGUUAGGGUGAUAGUGGUUGGUAAGUUGCCCGAAAUUUAGUGUGAUAGUGGUUGGUAAGUUGCCAGAAUGUUAGGUGGAAGUGGUUGGUAAGUUGCCAGAUUGUUAGGUGGAAGUGGUUGGUAAGUUGCCAGAUUGUUUAGGUGGAAGUGGUUGGUAAGUUGCCAGAUUGUUUAGGUGGAAGUGGUUGGUAAGUUGCCAGAUUGUUUAGGUGGAAGUGGUUGGUAAGUUGCCAGAUUGUUUAGGUGGAAGUGGUUGGUAAGUUGCUAGAGACAAAUGUUUUCCUUUGUCGUAUUAGAUUUAUGAGUUUGGAAGUGACAAAAUUUAUCAUACUUCUCAGGUCAGGGAUCUGCUCUCAAUGUCACUUGUACAUCUAAACCUUUACCCCCAAACAGAUUCAUAACAUCAACCACAUCAUCAACCACAACUACACCACCAACCACACCAUCAGUCAUAACCACAUCACCAGCCACUAACACAUCAAUGACCACAACUACACCACCAACCACAAUAGUACCAAUCACUAAACCAGCCACCACAUCAACCAUCCCUGGAAAAACCAGCCUGGCCAACAGUACACCAUCCAUAGUGGUUUAUCCACCCACCAUCCCAACCAUCUGGAUGACACAUCUCUCAACAAAACCGCCACCUAUUUUAACCACAACAAUAAGGAAGACAACUCCAACCAUGGAGGACCUCAGAGGUAAGUUGUCUGCAAUCUGUGGGGAAACUGUCAGGAUUUUAAAUUCAAUUUAAUGUAUUUAUUAACUUGGUCAUAGAAAUACAAUUUUAAAAACACUUUAAAAUUUGCUUCAAAAGAAAAUAUUACAAGGAAUUGACCUUUCAUAAUUAUGUUAAACCAUGACUUUAAUAAUAACAUGUUUUUUUGGUUUGUUAUUGCUGUAACGUUAAAAUUUUGACUGCUGCAUGUAAUUGUCUCUAAAAACCCAAACAGGGGAUAAGUCAAAUCAUGACUCGACUGCCCUUGUUAUCAUCCUUGUCUGUAUCUUGCUUGUGUUGGUCAUCACUGCUUUAGUGGUAGGCUAUCUUGUCAACAGGUGAGUGUUUCUAUGUUUAUAUGCUGAAAUGAUUUAGUCUAUAUUAUUUCUGGAGAUUAAUCAAAUCAUGUUUGGUCUAUAUGUGAGGCUAUGACAUGUCAUUAUGUUAGUUAGUCUAUGUUAUGUUUACAUUUGAACCAGUCUGUGUUAUGUUAUAUGUGAGUCAGUCUAAAUUAUGUCUAUAUGUGAGUCAAAGUUAUGUCUAUAUGUGAGUCAGUCUAUGUUAUGUCAACAUGUGAGUCAUUCUAUGUUAUGUCUAUAUGAGAUUCAGUCAAUGUUAUGACUAUAUGUGAUUCAGUCUUUGUUAUAUCUACAUGCGAGUCUAUGUUAUCGCAUUUACCCUUAAAUUAUUAUGUCCCUGAUUUUAGUAGCAUUAAGAAAAAACUGUUUACAGUUUGGGGAGUGAAAUGAAAAACCUAUUUACAAUCCCUGUCAGAAUCACAAUUAUUAAAAUGUCACGUCAAAGGUUUGAGAAUAACUUAAAGACAUCAGCAGGGAAUUGCAAUUUUUAUUAUCAUUUCAUGUCCAUUUUUAGUUUGGAUUUAAGUGUUGUCUUUUUUUCUCAUUUUUAUUUCGAAACAAUUUCUCAGUUUGGUAACUAGAUCAUUGUAAACUGUUUGAGCUUUUAACAAGAAACUUUUAUUUCAUGUUCAAUAUAUUGUUGACAGGAAGAGGCGUAAAUUCACAUACAAUGGAAAAGUUGGCCUUAAGGCUCUGUUUCUGUCACUCUAUCAUCAAAUGACCAACAGAGAACAAGAGGAAAAAACUGAUUAUCAAGAUAGCCCAUUUGAUCCUAUCGCCAUGGAUGAUUUCAAACAGCCAACAUCAACUCCCAAGUCCAAACCUCAUUAUGAAGGUAAUGACAAGAAAACGUUGGACGCUGCAGUGUUGGCAAUGACUGAUGAUGAGUCUAAAAAUAAACAAAGGUCAGGUGAUACAACUGAAGGCAAGCACAGUUCAAGGUCUCAUGCACAGCAAGAAUCGGAAAAAGAGUCAGACCUGAAUGAAAAGGCCGAUAAAGAGCAAGCAUCAUCGGUAACUAUUUAUAAUGAGAUUCACCAGUCGGGCUAUGGUAUUGUUGAAGCUGAAAUUGAACGAAUGCAACAGUUAAGAAACCAGAAACCAAACGAAGUCUCAAUGGAAAACAGCCUCAGUUCCAGCAGUGUCAGUGAUAGUAAGACAGGGUCAGGACAAGGGAAUGGGAGAAAUUACUUAAAUUCCAGUCAGGACAAAAACAUACACGAAGAUCAUGAUCAAAGAAGACUAACAACAAACAGUCAAAUUAAUCUCACGGAAACUAAUUGUCAUUUUGGAGUCGAUGAGCCAGAGACCCUUGAAUCCUCUGCAGCAGAGAUAAAAAUUAAACAUGAUGCUGGGCUGAAAAAACAUCACAAAAUCAAAAGAGAUGAACCAAGGAGAGAUAAACCAAAGGGAGAGAAACCAAAGGGGGGUAAAACAACUGGAGAAGAACAAAAGGGAGAUAAAACAAAGAAAGAUAUUGAUUUAAAACAUUACAAUCAACCCCAUGAUCAUAUGCUGCUCAGUCCUGAAGAGCAGAAAAUGUUUGUAUCCUUAGGAUUGACUUCCUUAGAUGCCUCCAGUGAGUGGGUUCCGGAUGUUUCUAACACAGGUGUCACAGGGGUGGGACAGGACGCGGGCCAGAAUAGAGGUGCUGAAGCACAUGUUCCAAAUAAUAUUUUGAAACAAUUUCCAAAUAAUGAAAUGGCUAAUCAAGAUGAAGAUGUAGAGAAGAAAUAUUCACUGGCAAAAUCUUCGCAAUCUGGAGAUUUGGAGAAAUCUGGCAACCAGACAAUGCUGCCUAAAAAACAUAAACUUUCUAAGUCCGAUCUUGUGUCCACAAUUCUACAAUUAUCUCUUCAAGAUAUCAAACAUAUGCGAACAAUUGAACAUCAGAAAGGUGACAUUGCAGGAGGAGAUAAUCAGACAAAAGACAUGUCAGACUGUUGAAAGAAGAUAUUGAGGCAACUGACAAAUAACGGCUGAUUAUUAAUUCAUUGCUUUUAAGUUAAAGUUAAAUGUUGUUUUGAAAUGCCAAUAUUGAUAAUAAUUCUUUUUCAAUCCAUUUUGAAACAAAUUAUUUCUUAACGUAACUUAUUUAAAACAUUUUGAACACACUUAUUUACUGCUG